GACACUUGGGAGACUCGGGGUGAGUAUAGUCAUUACGGACCGGUGCGCGCUGUGGCGCCAUGUUGACUCAAUGCGCUUGCUGACUGGUAAUACCGACAGGAGAUACCCUUCGCUCCGCGCAUAGCUUCUCUUGCAAUUCUGCAUUGCGCACUGCGCUUCACCCAACCGCCUCAAUGGCUGCCUCCAUAGAAUCGCCCCAUACCGACCCAAGCGGCGCGACUGGCAUCGGAGCCGGUCCACAGGUCCUCAGCACAUCCAACAAGCUAGAAGUCAUCUGUGGCCCGCUUCUCAACUACAGACGCAUGAGCAAUGAACGGUCAGGCUCGCCAACCUGGCAUGGCAGCGUCCUGGUGGUAACCACACCUGGGCAACAACAUCCGGAACUCACUCUGUCUCUUGCUGGCGCCAUCGACGCAACCGCAAGGAACGCGGCGUUUACGCGCGCAGAAAGCAGAAGGUUUGCCGGCGAGAAGCUGUACGAGGACUCGGACAAGGCCUUCUGGCGCUUCACGAUCGAUUUGCCGUUCCAGGAAUUCGAGUCGCGGUGGGAAUACAAGAUCAAUGGACUGACAUACGUGGACGAGAAGGAGACCGGAAUGCCGCAAACCUUCGCUGUCCCGUCGGUUGCGCAGUCAAUGCGCAUCCUCUUCCACUCCUGCAACGGCUUCAGCGUCGGCACGGAUAUGGAAACCUGGCAGGGUCCUUCGCUGUGGAAUGAUGUGCUCCGUAUGCAUGCGCAGAAACCGUUCCACGUCAUGAUCGGUGGCGGCGACCAAAUCUACAACGACGGUGUGCGUGUGGGCGACGGUCCGCUCAGGCCCUGGACGGAAAUUGGGAAUCCGCACAAGCGCCGUGAGUUCCUCUUCGGCGAGAAGCUGCGCGCGGAUUGCGACGAGUACUACUACAAGAACUACGUUCAGUGGUACGGCACAAAGCCCUUCGCCACGGCGAACGGACAGAUUCCGCAGGUCAACAUUUGGGAUGACCAUGAUAUCAUUGAUGGGUUCGGCUCGUACACGGAUCGUUUCAUGCGGUGCGCCGUUUUCAGAGGUAUUGGCGGCGUCGCGCACAAGUAUUACCUCCUCUUUCAGCACCACAUGGCGCCUCCGAAGAGCACGUUUACGACCGAUGCGCCGAACACGACGGAUGUGGGACCAGACGGGACGCCGGUCGAUCCUGUGCAGCUCAAGAAUACGUUCGUCAUGACGGACGACUUAGAUGAUCCAUCGUACAUGAUUGGAUCAAAGCCUGGACCGUAUGUCGAAGAGCGCAGCCGGAGCAUCUACUGCCAGCUCGGUGCGCGCAUUGCUUUCGUUGGUAUUGAUGCCCGGACGGAGCGCACACGACAUCAAGUCAACUACCCUGAGACGUACAAGAUGAUUUUUGACCGGCUGGACAAGGAGUUCUCGGCCAAUAAGAACCUGAAGCACUUGGUACUUCUUCUCGGUGUGCCCAUCGCAUACCCGCGUCUGCAGUGGUUAGAAAACCUUUUCCGCUCUCCGCUCAUUGGCCCGAUCAAGUUCCUACACAAGCGCUUCGGUGUCGCCGGCGGCCUGUUCAAUAAGUUUGAUGGGAGCGUCGACUUGCUUGAUGAUCUGGACGACCAUUACACCGCACAUCAACACAAGCACGAACGCCGGGAGUUGGUCCACGCGCUUCAGAAGUUCUCAAAAUCGCACUCGGCCCGAGUCACGAUUCUUGGAGGCGAUGUCCAUCUCGCAGCCAUCGGUCGCUUCUACUCCAAACCGAAGCUGGGUAUCCCGGCGGAGCAGGAUCACCGAUACAUGCCGAAUGUGAUCAGCUCUGCUAUCACGAACAAACCGCCGCCGCAAGCUGUGGCGAACCUGCUGGCUAGCCGCAACAAGAUUCAUCAUCUGGACCACGACACGGAUGAGACGCUGCUCGAGAUCUUCGACCGCGAUCCAGGGGUUCCCACCAAGAGCAAUGGUGCGGCGAACGGGGCUACCAACGGUGCCGUAAACGGCGACGUCAAGAGCAAAACGAGCAAUGCCAACCAUGCCACCAUGCCCUCGCGAAACUACGCCAUCAUCUGCGAGUCGCAUCCCACGCCUACGUCGUCGGCUUCCGCUGCCCCUCCGGCGCCAGUCGCAGCACCCACAACGAACGGCGAAGCAGCGCCGGCACAGACGUCUACCCCUCCCGAUGCAAAGGCUAAUGCGAGAAAGCCGAUGCAUGCUGGUGAGCAGGGCGCGGGCACGGGACAUCCGGCUGCGGCAGGAUUGCAAGCCACGGGCCUGUGUGGGCAAUACGGACUGGAUAUUACGCUGAGGGUGGAGAUUAGUCCGAAAGACACGGAGGGGCAUACCGAUGGGUAUGGAUUUAGUGUUCCGGCUUUGGAGAUCGCUGCGUAGAGUGCGGACGAGAUAAUUCGUAUUAGAUGGAAAGCAUGAGCGUGGGGAAAGCGGGAUGUUGAGUCUAAUGCAAACGGUAAUUUGGAGCAGGGGAAAGUAGGUUCCAUGGCGAGAGCUGAGCUUAUUUCCGAGCUCCGGGCCUCAGGAUGGGAUUUUUGGGGGUUCUGCUUAGUUAUACCCUGUCUGUAGUAUCUGUAGUUUCUUCCUUUUGUUAAUGUAUCAGUACUGAUGGGCGUUGUUCCGAGCCUCCGCUCACCUACUCUUUGAAUGUCC